CUGCUGCCCUGUUUCGAGCCUCUCAAACAGUCACUGUCAGUGUCACGUUUCUGAACAUAUUUUCUAGCGACACACAACUCAAUAAUCAGUCUGUGGCUGACAUGAUACAAAACUCAGCAAGUAAUCCUAAUAUUAAGGAUUAUACAGGAUUGUCGGCCUGUGACAACUCGAUGUGUGACAGAGCCACCACCAUCUGCAAGGACUACCAAGGCUGGCCUUCGUGCCGAUGCAAACUGGGCCUCAGUUCCCCCAACCCCUACAUCACCUCCUGCACAGCCUGUUCCAGUGACUGUAUUGAAGCGAACAACAAGUACUGCGCGAAGAACAACAGUCAGAUCCCCGUGUGUCACUGCCAGCCCGGCUACAGGUUCCAGGGCUUAGACUGCCGCCCGUGUGACUUUGGCUACUCCGGGAUCAACUGCGCAGAAAACCAUCUGCUGGUGCUGACCAUCGUGGGCUCUGUUGGCGGAGCUCUCCUCCUGGGCACCAUCGUGGCCUUGGUCGUGCUGGCCAUUAGGUCCCGGAGCGGUGGGAAGGACUCGGAGCGGGAACGUCUGAUCAAUAACAACAUGAAGCUGGAGACGACGGGCUUCAGCAACCCGUUAGCCGGGAGUCCCCCCGGGGCCUUCCACAUCCCCAGGGUCGGAUCUGCCCCCUCCUCCUCUGCCUCAGCCCCCCACAAUCCCUACGGACACGACCCCAUGGGACGACGACCCGCUCCGGUCCACGACUACGACAUGGCUGAGUGGUAAUUCCAGAGAAGGGUCGGCCCCGUGACCCCCGCUGCCCGCCGAACCAUUGGCAAGACCCACCCAGGGCUCGAAGACCAUUCCAUCGCAACAGGUCCCUCCCUUAGCCCCCUUCCCCAC